AUGGCAGCGAUUCGACCCGAGAGCGGCGAAGAAUACGCUGACGGUAUCUCCGCCAGCGAGGAUCAACUUCGCAACAGGGACUUCAAGUACCCGUCCAUUGACCCAACAACGCAGAUUCGACUUCUUCGAGUCACCCACCAGGCAGGCAAGAAUCUGCCGAGCGCAAACAAGUACAAAUAUGACCUCGAGACCGCAAAUGUCUCGCAGCUUGCCUUCACGGCGUAUAUAGCGCUGUCAUAUACAUGGGGAGAGGCUCGGACCGACACAGAUAUCCAUCUAAUCGAGAUCGAUGAUCAACCGCUCUGGAUACGUACGAACCUCUUCCACUUCCUGUCCUCUGUCACAGAGAGUGGCAUCCAUCUGCCAAUCUAUAUCGAUGCCAUCUGCCUGGACCAGGGAAACGAUACGGAGAAGUGCCACCAAGUACAGCUCAUGUCACAGAUCUAUGCGAACGCCAACACGGUGCUCGCCUGGGUCGGAGUACCUCACGCAGAUCAGCACGGUCAUCUUGACGCACUUUCACGGCGGCUUGAAACCCACGAUGCCGCCGAGUCGCAGUGGGACGUCUCGGAGAGAAUAGGCCUGAGCUAUCUCUGCUCGAGGCAAUUCUGGCGCCGUCUGUGGGUUGUUCAAGAACUCCUGUUGGCAGAAAACAUCAUUGUCGUCUGUGGAGAAUGGAAGAUCUUGUGGAAAGAUGUCUCCCGGCUCGCUGCCUUACCGCUUCCGACAGAGCUGCUCGACAACCAAGAACAGGUAGAGUGGUGGCAAGCUUGGAAGUUCCCAUGCCCAGAGUCCUUCCAAACGCAACGAGAGUACGAAGAUCGACUUUUCGACGGAUGGCAUUCUGCCCUAAGGCUCUUCCACCAUCGAAGCAAGUGGAGGUUGAGGCAGAAAUACGUCCCAUACUCAGACGCCGUCCGCACGCGAGGUUGGCCAUUCCACCGCGCUGUGAGGGACUUCCGGCUGCAACAAUGCAAGGAUCGCAGGGACAAAGUCUUCGCGCUCAUCGGACUGCUUGACGAGGAAGGCCGAGGAAUGAUCACACCUAGCUAUGAGUGUCCGAUGGAGGACCUGUUCGUACAGGCCACAGCGGCUGGACUGGUAUCAUUGAGGAGAGAGGCUGCUGCUCAGCUUUCCGACGUGCGGAAUAUGCAGCACCGCAAUCGCAGGUUUUGCGACACUUUGAAUGAUAUCCUGGGCCUUCCGGAAGACGGCCGUGAAGAAAGAGCGAAAGCAGCCCUCGACUUUGCGACUUUCCACCACAGCCAGGUGGUACGCAGUUAUGACACGGAGGAUGUGGUAAGACGUGGAAGUGAGUUACUUCAGACGGGCCCCCAGUUCGCCAGCCAGGACCCAGAAGCCGCUAAGUUUGGCACAAUGGGUUUCUGCCUCUUCGUACUCCACGCAGGCGUCUCGUUGUUCUCGACCUUUGGUGCUUUCAUCUACUUGGGCAUGGAGACACCAUCGAUCGCUAUUCUCAUGUCGCUGUCCGUCGGCAAGUGA